AUGACUACGGUUCAAAAGAUACAAGAUAUUGAAGAUGAGAUGUCUAGGACGCAGAAAAACAAGGCGACGGAGAAACAUUUAGGUUUGUUGAAAGCCCGUCUUGCUAAAUUUCGGGCAGAUCUAUUGAAAGAAGCACAGACAAGUUCAGGUGGAGGAGGAGAAGGAUUUGAUGUGAAGAAGAGUGGGGUGGCUUCGAUUGGAUUUGUUGGGUUUCCUUCUGUUGGUAAGAGUACUUUACUUACCAAACUUACCGGAGUGAGGUCAGAAGUGGCAGCGUAUGAAUUCACUACAUUGACUACCGUGCCCGGAUUUAUCAAAUAUAGAGGUGCCAAGAUCCAGAUGUUGGAUCUACCGGGAAUUAUUGAAGGAGCCAAAGAGGGAAAGGGAAGAGGAAAGCAAGUUAUAGCUGUGGCGAGAUCAUGUGAUCUUAUUUUCAUUCUCCUCGACGUGAAUAAGCCACUCAGGCAUAAGCAAAUUCUUGAGAAAGAGUUGGAAGGCUUUGGUAUUCGACUCAACCAGAGUCCUCCUGACAUUGUUAUCAAAAGAAAGGAAAGUGGAGGCGUUAAUAUUACCAGUACAGUACCAUUAACGAAGAUUGAUACGGACGAAAUUAAGGCUGUACUCCAGGAGUACCGACUGAAUUCGUGUGACGUUGCGUUCCGAUGCGAUGCCACUGUCGACGAUAUGCUUGAUGCCAUAGAGGUUCAAAACAGACGAUACAUUCCUGCUAUAUAUCUUCUAAACAAGAUUGACUCCAUUUCAGUGCAGGAGUUGGAGUUGUUGUACCGAAUUCCCAAUGCCGUGCCCAUAUCUGCCGGAAAAGAGUGGAACUUGGACGAAUUGUUGGAGAUCAUGUGGGAUAGAAUGAACCUAGUGCGAGUUUAUACCAAGCCAAAGGGUAAAAUGCCUGAUUUCACGGAUCCAGUCAUUCUCAAGGGUGUCAAAUGUACAGUAAAAGACUUCUGUGCCAAGAUCCAUCAUUCGUUGAUUGAUGAGUUCAAAACUGCACAGGUUUAUGGAAGCAGUGUCAAGCAUCAGCCACAGUAUGUAGGAUUGGGACAUGUUUUACAUGAUGAAGACGUGAUUACGAUAUUGAAGAAGUGA